CAGACGGCAUACUUGCAAACUGCGGUAGAAUUUUCACGCAAACUUUCACCGCAAGAUUCUUCUUACUGGAAAUUCUCUAAAAUGAACUAACAAUUGAACAAUCUUCGAAGUUUCAACACACCCGAUCAAUUGUCAAACAAGCAUGUCGUGGAUAACAAACAGCAUUUGUUUGGCGGUGCGGUCUUGGACACCACAGGUGACGGCUGUCCGCUUUCGCUACCAUGCUGAGAGAAUGGCGUCAGGUAAAAUACCCCGUUAUGGUUACGAGGAUACAGCAACGCGCAGAGGACUGCUGCCGCAUACGGGACAGGGUCAAAAAUUACCGAUGCCAGACUACAGGCCCAGAGAUGCGUGGAUAGAAAAGAGAGCUUUAUUCGGACAAAACGACUAUAUAGACAUUUUGGGAAAUGAAAAACUUCACCCGACAAGGAUUUUGUAUAAGGUACCCUCGUGGUUGAGAGGCGUCAGCGGUAAUGAGUACCAAGUCUUGUUGCGAAAGAGAAAAAUGCUUCGACAUGGUAUAUAUCCGAUAGCUCGGCCGACCAAAUGGAAGGAGUUGCAGAAAAGACUAGGUUAUUUGUAUAGAUACCUGAAUCGAAAGACAAAAACUGGUUUCUCGACUAAGUAGAAUAGUGUAUGACAUAUAUCUAUAUGUCUGUAAAAUUAUUUAGAUUGAAAUAUUUAAUAA